AUGAUGCGUUUGUCACACGUGCAGUCCCUCCUACUACUGGCACCGGUCGUCUUUGCUUCGCCAGACAAAGGCCAACCUGCCACUACCACCCCGACUGUGCAAGACGAUGCUGCCUCUCUGGUCUCCCAGUACGUGCCAGCGUCCGCCUAUGUCCAGCUCACCGCCUCGGUGGCCGCCGCCGCAUCGGCUGCGUCUGUCACUGGUGAUCCCAGCUCGCUGUUCCUAUCGGCGCUGCUGGCCACGGCGCCACCUGCCUGGUUCAGCUCGGCCGUGCCGCCGUACUUUAGUAGCAACAUUGCCGCCCUCGAGUCAGCCAUAGCACCGCUGCGCAGCGAAGCGGCCACGCUGUCGUCGACAGCGACGAGCGAGACCCUCGUGGUCACGCAGACCACCAACAGCCAGGGCAGCACGGUCACGACGAGCUACACGUCGACGUUUCCGGUCACGACGCACACGACGUCGUCGUCUGGCAACGCGGCAGCACCCACCGCCAGUGCGCAGCAGCAGGCUGGACUGGGUAUUGCGGCUCUCGCUUUGGGCCUGGUGGCCAUCUUUUAA